CCGGUCGAAAGCUCCUCCCGGUAUAAAGAACUUGGCGCCGGCGCCAGUCAGUCACUUCUGCACUCCGCCAAAGAGGACUUCUCCCGUUACAUUAAAACUCCACAAACAGCACAAUGACCAGAAGAAGUGGCCGGCUUCAAGCUAAACACGAGAAUGGAAGCAGACAUGCAGAUAAGAUAGCAAAGAUAAAGAAGGAGCAGUGCAACAGGAAGAAGACGCUGAAGAGGCUCAGUGGAGAAACUCAGAAUCUGCGGGUGCAGGAGGGAACAUGUAAGGCUGAAGUCCUCAUUGAAACCCCGAUGGAGGGGCUACAGGACACAUUUGAGCAGCCGGGCUUGUCACAAGGCGCUCGGCCAUCUCCUCUGCCUCGACUCAGCUGGGGUUGCUCGGAGGACGUGUGGGUGAAAAUGCUGAGUAAAGAGAUAAAGUACAAGCACACUAAAAGCAGUCUGGAGAGGCAUCCUAGACUUCAGCCCAAGAUGAGAGCAGUUCUACUCGACUGGCUGAUGGAGGUAUGUGAGGCCUACGUCCUUCACAGACAGACGUUCUAUCUGGCACAGGACUUCUUUGACAGGUUCAUGCUCACCCAAGAAGACAUGCAAAAGGAGCGGCUGCAGCUCAUUGGCAUUACAGCACUUUUUAUCGCCUCUAAAAUUGAGGAAAUUUAUCCACCUAAAAUCGCGGAGUUGGCCUAUGUCACCGAUGGAGCAUGUCUAGAAGAAGAGAUCCUACAAAUGGAGCUUAUUAUGUUAAAAGCAUUAAAUUGGGACCUCUGUCCUGAAACCGUCGUCUCGUGGAUGAAGCUUUAUAUUCAGAUGGCCUCAGUCUAUGACUUCACUAAUCUACUGGUGCCACAGUUUUCUCAAGAAACCUACAUACAGAUCACACAGCUUUUAGAUUUGUGCAUCCUCGAUAUCAACUCACUGGAUUUUAAAUAUGGAGUGCUGGCUGCAGCAGCUUUUUGCCACUUCAUAUCAUUUGAUGUAGUACAAAAGGUAUCAGGUUUGACGUGGGAGGCGGUGGAGAGCUGUGUGAACUGGAUGGCUCCCUUCAUAGAGACCAUGACGGGUUAUGAGAGCGCGAAGCUUAAAGACUUCAGUAAAGUUUCCUCUGAGGACAGACACAACAUUCAGACCCACGCCGACUACCUCGCCAUGCUGCACGAAGCUCAGCAAAAAUGCACUAUUCGCAUCAGUGGGAUCUUCCCUCCAACACCACCCAGCAGUGCAGAGAAAUCCAGCUCACACUGAGGGACCAGAGCCAGCACCUGGCCAAAACCAGGGCUUAAAGCUAUCACAACAGGUGGAAACAGACUUAAUUACAGUGAGUUUGGGAGAUGAACAUAUUAAGUUUUUGUAGGACAGAAAAAAAGAUGCCUGUAAACAGAAAAUCAAUGAACUGAACUGUAGUUUAUCCUCUUGAAACAUAGUCAGUAACUGCACUGAUCUGCCGAAGAUAUGGACAAAGCAUAUCCUCAGGGUGUUUGUUUCUCUGUUUGUUUGUUUGUUUGUUUUUUUACUUUCUUGCCCAGAUAGAGUGCAGAAAUGCUUGUUUUUAAUUACUUUGUUCAAUAUGUGGUCAACUUGGGAGACAAAGCAUUACUUCCAAAAUCAGAUUUGAAUUUAAAUCACUUGGUGAUCUGAUAUCCUGAAUUUUAGUGUAUGUAAAUACUGCUUACACCACACUGUUUGAGUCCUUUACAGCCAUUCAAAAUGUGCAAUACUCUAUUUAAGAGGAAAAAAAUUGUAAUAUUUUUGAAAAAGGACCAAAAUUACCAUGUCUUAAACUAUUCCAUGAAUAAUUUCCAAUUUUGCUAUCUGAACUCCUGUAAACUUGAUUUGUCGUUUCUGUGAAGUAUGUACAGUAUUUGAUAAAGCUUUGUACAGAAUCUGCCUAUUUCACUUUGCUAAAGGCAUUAGAAAUUAAGUAUUUAUGAUUAUUACCCCAAAGCCCGAGUUAGAAAUUGCUGAAAUACCAGGGAAGUUGAUUCUCCACUUUUUUUACAAAGCAGGCUGAGAGCCAGUCAUGGUGCUCCUUCAGCAAUUCCUGAUUGUAGCUUUUUAAAAUGAGUGUGAAUGUGGAUA